UUUGCUUUCUGCUGCUUUUAUCCCCUUCCUCCAAAGCACCCACACUCCCCUUUUCCCUGUUUCCCUGUUUUGCAGGGCACCAUGCUGCAGGCCAUUGAGAGGUACAUGAAGCAGGCCAUUGUGGACAAGGUCCCUGGCGUGUCCAGCUCUGCCCUCGUGUCUUCCUUGCACAUGAUGAAGAUCAGCUAUGAUGUGGUGAAAAGGUGGAUCAAUGAAGCUCAGGAAGCAGCUUCCAGUGACAACAUCAUGGUCCAGGGCACCAUGCUGCAGGCCAUUGAGAGGUACAUGAAGCAGGCCAUUGUGGACAAGGUCCCUGGCGUGUCCAGCUCUGCCCUCGUGUCUUCCUUGCUUUUCUGCAGCUCUCCCAAGCCUGUCCUGCGCUAUGCAGCCGUGAGGACCCUCAAUAAAGUGAGUGCUCCAAAAACCUCCAAAACCUCCAAAACCUCCAAAAAACUUCAUUCUGUGAGCCUGAUGAUGGCUGUGCCACCUCAGGUGCCCUGGCAUGGCUUCAUUUGGAAUUAUUCCAUGCUGGAGAAUUGGGAAAAAGCCAAUCUGGCUUUUCUGUGCCAGCUCUCCUGGCACGAGAGUCCCCUGUUUGACUUCAUUGAGAGCUGCCUGAGGAACAAGCACGAGAUGGUGAUUUAUGAGGCUGCCUCUGCCAUCAUCCACCUGCCCAACUGCAGUGCCAGGGAGCUGGCACCGGCUGUGUCAGGAUGCUGCACCUCCCACCUCAUUUUGGAACUGCAUCCCUUGCAGGUGGCCAUGAAACACCCAUCUGCAGUGACUGCCUGCAACCUGGACCUGGAGAACCUGAUCACUGACUCCAACAGGAGCAUUGCCACGCUGGCCAUCACCACCCUGCUCAAGACUGGCAGCGAGAGCAGCGUGGACAGGCUGAUGAAACAAAUCUCCUCCUUCGUCUCAGAAAUCUCUGACGAGUUCAAGGUGGUGGUGGUGCAGGCCAUCAGUGCCCUGUGCCAGAAGUACCCGCGCAAGCAUGGUGUGAUGAUGACCUUCCUGUCCAACAUGCUCAGGGAUGAUGGUGGCUUUGAGUACAAGAGAGCCAUCGUGGACUGCAUCAUCAGCAUCAUCGAGGAGAACCCCGAGAGCAAGGAGGCCGGGCUGGCCCACCUGUGCGAGUUCAUCGAGGACUGCGAGCACACCGUGCUGGCCACCAAGAUCCUGCACCUGCUGGGCAAGGAGGGGCCCAGGACCCCCUGCCCCUCCAAGUACAUCCGCUUCAUCUUCAACAGGGUGGUGCUGGAGAACGAGGCUGUCAGGGCUGCUGCUGUCAGUGCUCUGGCCAAGUUUGGGGCCCAGAACGAGAAUCUGCUCCCCAGCAUCCUGGUGCUGCUGCAGAGGUGCAUGAUGGACAGCGACGACGAGGUGAGGGACAGGGCAACGUUCUACCUGAACGUGCUGCAGCAGAGACAGCUGGCCCUGAACGCUGCCUACAUCUUCAAUG